AUGACCUCAAUUGGUACCGGUUACGAUCUUUCCAAUAGUGUUUUCUCCCCCGAUGGUAGAAACUUUCAAGUGGAGUAUGCCGUAAAAGCCGUCGAGAACGGCACCACGUCUAUUGGUAUCAAGUGCAACGAUGGUGUGGUAUUUGCUGUGGAAAAGCUUAUCACUUCCAAACUGCUAGUUCCACAGAAAAAUGUUAAGAUUCAAGUCGUAGACCGUCAUAUCGGUUGCGUUUAUUCAGGCUUGAUCCCUGAUGGCAGACAUCUGGUCAAUCGUGGCCGUGAAGAAGCCGCCAGCUUCAAAAAGAUGUACAAGACGCCCAUUCCCGUUCCUGCGUUUGCCGAUCGUCUGGGACAGUACGUGCAGGCGCACACUUUGUACAAUAGUGUUAGACCAUUCGGAGUAAGUACCAUCUUUGGGGGGGUAGAUAAAGAUGGUGCCCACCUUUACAUGUUGGAGCCAAGCGGCUCAUAUUGGGGGUACAAGGGUGCCGCCACUGGGAAAGGUAGGCAAUCCGCAAAGGCUGAAUUGGAGAAACUAGUCGACCAACACACGGACGGUCUUACAGCGAAAGAGGCUGUCAAGCAAGCUGCAAGGAUUAUCUACUUGGCACACGAAGAUAAUAAAGAAAAAGACUUUGAGUUGGAGAUGAGCUGGUGCUCACUGUCGGAAACAAAUGGUCUCCACAAGUUUGUUAAGGGCAAUCUGCUACAGGAGGCCAUCGAUUUCGCCCAAAAGGAGAUUAACGGUGAUGACGAUGACGAUGAAGAUGAUAGCGAUAGUGCUAUGUCCAGUGACGAUGAAAACGCUCCAGUGGCUACGAACGCAAAUGCUACUACCGACCAAGAGGGUGACAUUCACUUAGAAUAG